ACGAAGUGUUUUCUAUAUUGACGACACUGUAGAAAGCUUAUGGGUACUUUUCGCGUGUGUUUUGCUUAUUUUGCAAGGCGAACAUUUCAGAUUGUUAUUGCGCAGAUCGGAAUCAACGAUGGACCCGUUGUUCGAAGCACACGAUGCAGGCCCUGGUUUCGUUGGCAUUAAAUUUUGUAAAGAAUGCAACAACAUGUUGUAUCCAAAAGAAGACAAAGACAACAGAGUUCUUCUCUAUGCAUGCCGGAACUGUGACUACCAGCAGGAAGCAGAUAAUCGGUGUAUCUACGUCAACAAGAUCAUGCACGAAGUCGAUGAACUGACACAAAUUGUAGGAGACGUCAUUGCAGAUCCAACACUCCCUCGCACAGAAGACCAUCCAUGCCCAAAGUGUGGUCACAAAGAGUCUGUGUUUUUCCAGUCUCACAGUACUAAAGCUGAGGAAGGAAUGCGACUAUACUACGUAUGUACCAACUCCAACUGUGUUCAUCGCUGGACUGAAUAGUUGCUACAAGAACAUUGUCAUCCCAUCAUAUUUUAUUGUCAUGUCGGGCAGUGGGGUAGCCUAGUGGUUAAAGUGUUUGUUUGUCACACCAAAGACCCAGGUUUGAUUCCCCACAUGGGUACAAUGUGUGAAGCCCAUUUCUGGUGUUCCCCGACGUGAUAUUGCUGGAAUAUUGCUUAAAAAAGCGGCGUAAAACCAUACUCACUCACUUAUUGUUGUGCACCGGAGAUCACCCCCAUAUUUCACUGACAUGUUGUUACCUCAGAAGUGUUCUAUUUAAACAUUUAUCAAAGACAUUUUAACACUAAAAUAAAUCUAUUUAGGUCCA